AUGGUAUAUGAAACUGUACCGCGAACUGUUCGCAUUAUUUUAUUAGGAGAGCCUGGAGUUGGGAAAACCUCUUUAAUUUUGUCUCUAGUAACUGAAGAGUUUACAGAACAUGUACCUCCAAAAGCAGAAGAGAUAACAAUACCCGCGGACGUUACUCCGGAACAGGUUCCGACGAAUAUUGUCGAUGUGUGUCUUGCUGAACAGUCUUUAGAACAAGUGUCUGAAGAAAUAGAAAAGGCCCAUGUUAUAUGCAUUGUUUUUUCUGUAGAUAAACAAGAAACGCUCGAUAAAGUAGCUUCUUAUUGGCUUCCUUUUGUGAGAGAUAAUUGUGCUGAUGAUUUUAGAAAACCUGUUAUUUUGGUGGGAAAUAAAAUUGAUCUCAUUGACUAUUCUGUUCUAGAUAAUAUUUGGGACAUUGCUGAGGAGUAUCCAGAGGUAGACCGAUGUAUAGAAUGUUCUGCAAAAACAUUAACAAAUGUCUCUGAAAUGUUUUACAAUGCACAAAAAGCUGUGUUACAUCCUAUUGGACCCAUAUAUUCUAUUGAGGAGCAAGAGCUGACGGAAAGAUGUAAAAAAGCACUUUCGAGAAUAUUUAAAAUUUGUGACUUAGACGGAGAUGGACUCCUUGAUGAUUAUGAAAUAACAGUAUUUCAAAAAAAAUGUUUCGACACCCCUUUACAAUUACAGGUUUUAGAUGAAGUAAAAUCUGUAAUUGCGCAAAACAUCGCCGGUGGAAUAGAGAAUGAAUGCAUAACAAUGAAAGGAUUCAUUUUUUUACAUUGCCUGUUCAUUCAAAGAGGCAGGAAUGAAACUACAUGGACUGUUCUGCGCAAAUUUGGAUAUGACGAGAGUUUAGAAUUGUCACACAGUUAUUUGUAUGCAAAUAUCAAAGUACCUGUUGGAUGUACGACUGAGCUGUCGUAUAAGGGUCAACAAUUUCUUACACAGCUAUUUGAAAAAUACGACAGGGACAAAGAUGGCAUGUUAAAUCCUACCGAACUCAAAAAUGUUUUCUCUUGUUGUCCUCGGGUACCGUGGCAUAACUUACGAUAUACAGUUCCUACCAAUGACAAGGGAUUCUUAACACUACAAGGUUGGAUGUGCAGAUGGACAUUAAUGACUUUAUUAGACUUGCAAAACACAAGCGCUUAUUUGGCCUACCUUGGCUUUAAUUUCCUUGAAAAUGAAUCACAAAAAAUAGCUAUACAUAUUACUCGGGAAAAGAAAGUCGACAUUGCAAAGAAGCAAUCUAGUCGCAACGUGUACCAGUGUCACGUAAUCGGUCCAAGGUCAUGUGGAAAAACUUCCAUAUGCAGAAGUUUUCUCGGAAUAGCUCAUAAGAAAAUCAAGCCACAUGCGAAUGAGCGCGGUGACGGGUACAGCACAGAGAAUUGCUGCAUAAAUACGGUGGUUGUGUACGGCCAGGAGAAGUACUUAGUGCUGAAGGAGAUACCCAUAACGCGCGUCUCCGAUCCGCUGCAGCCGCACGAAGUCAACUGCGACGUUGCCUGUCUCGUGUACGACGUGGCCGCCAGCAGGUCAUUCGAAUACAUCGCCAGGAUUUAUAUAAAAUAUUUUGCCGAAAGCCACAUUCCCGUAUUGAUAGUAGGCACAAAAGGUGACGCAUUGAUUACCCGACAAGAAUAUAUUCUACAACCAGAGGUGUUUUGCAACAAAUACCAACUCUUAUCUCCGCAACUAUUCAACAUUAAGGAAAACAAACAUGACAUCUUCGUAAAACUUGCCACCAUGGCUGCCUUUCCUCAAUUUCAAGCUGCUUGGAUUUUGUUCAGCAAACACAGACACCUGAAGCAUUUUGCGAGCCUAGCUGGGGAAAAUUCAUCGUGGUGGAAGGCAGGAAUUGGCGUCGCUGCGGCAACCAUUAUGGGUCUUGUGCUUAUCAAGAUGUUAAACUUCCAAAGAAGA